GACCGCGGUGAGCCCGCCCGGAGCUCCGGUGGCCGGCUCUCCAUGCGAACCACGGCCAAAUGGAUGCGAUCGCGAGCGCCGGCCUCAAGAGGAAGUGCGAGGAUGCGGACGUGGGCUCGCCGGGCUCCAACUCGGACGACGAGAUCUCCAACAGCGACAGCGCCGAUAGCUGCGACAGCGUCAACCCCUCCAGCUCCACCGGCUUCAUACCCACCUCCAUCCUGAAGCGGCAGAAGCAGCUUCGCAGGAAGAAUGUCCGCUUCGACCAAGUGACCGUCUACUACUUCGCCCGACGCCAGGGUUUCACCAGCGUCCCCAGCCAGGGCGGCAGCUCCCUGGGCAUGGCCCAACGCCACAACUCCGUCCGCCGCUACACGCUCUGCGAGUUCGCUCAGGAGCAGGAGGUGAAUCACCGGGAGAUCCUACGGGAGCACCUCAAGGAAGAGAAACUCCACGCCAAGAAAAUGAAGCUCACCAAGAACGGCACGGUGGAGUCGGAGGAGGCGGACGGCCUGACGCUGGAGGACGUCUCGGACGACGACAUCGACGUGGAGAACGUGGAGGUGGACGACUAUUUCUUUCUGCAGCCGCUGCCCACCAAACGCCGCCGAGCUUUGCUGCGAGCCUCCGGCGUUCACCGCAUCGACGCCGAGGAGAAGCAGGAGCUGCGGGCCAUCCGCCUGUCCCGGGAGGAGUGCGGCUGCGACUGCCGCCUCUACUGCGACCCGGAGGCCUGCGCCUGCAGCCAGGCAGGGAUUAAAUGCCAGGUGGAUCGCAUGUCCUUCCCCUGCGGCUGCUCCCGGGACGGUUGCGGGAACAUGGCCGGUCGGAUCGAAUUCAAUCCCAUCCGGGUGCGGACUCACUACCUCCACACCAUCAUGAAGCUGGAGCUGGAGAACAAGCGUCAGGGCGGGCGGCCACCGGCGCCGGAGGAGGAGGCGGCUGCCGCCGCUCACGGCUCAGCCGGCGACUGGCUGGGGCCGCAGCCGGCCGAAACGCAGGACUUCCAGGAAUUCAUGGCGGAGAAUGAGACGGCCGUCAUGCACCUGCAAACGGCGGAGGAGUUGGAGAGGCUGAAGGCUGAGGAAGACUCCAGCAACGGCUCCAGCGUGGAGAGCUUGGGCGUUUGCAUCCUGGAGGAGCCCCUGGCCGUGCCGGAAGGUUUGUGCCCGGGUCUGGCCGCCCCCAUCCUCAUCCAAGCCCAGUUACCUCCGGGCUCGUCCGUCCUCUGCUUCGCCGACGGCUCGGAGCAGGCGGCCUCGGCGGUGGGCGACCAACCCUACUUGAACGAUGGCCCUGUGGUCUACUACCAGGUGGAGCAGAGGCCGGCGCUGGGCGCCAAGGGCGAGGGCAGCGCGGCGGAGCCACCGGCACCGUCCUCCUGCCCGGGCGAGAAGGACCUCGGCGUCCUCCCCGGCCCCGUGGUGACUUGCGGCCGAGCCGCCGCUCCCAGCAAGGGGGAAGCGUCCAAAAAUCCUCCCUCGUCCCCAGAGGCCGCCCCGUCCUCCGAGGGCUGCCGAGCGGCGGCUGCUCCCUCUUCCCCGUCCCCGGUGCCACCGGAGCCACCCUCCGCCGAGGAGCCCUCGCCGGGGCCCGUCCUGCCCGUCUGAGCGGCCCCGUCCCCCCCUCAGCGCUCAUUUAUUUAUUGACAAUAAUAUUUUCUGGACCGGCAGCGGCCACUGGUGGUUAUUUAAUUGCAGGGGAGGGAGGGGGGAGCGCGGGGGGGCUGCCUUGUAC